GCCCCAAUUAUUUUGUCGACUUUGACCCGACAGAAAAGGCGACCAAGUACUGUAAAGAAGAUGGUGAGUGGUUUCACCACCCAGAGUCCAAUAGGAUUUGGACCAACUAUACACUGUGCGAAACCACCCAUGAGAAGAGACUGACGAAACAAAUGCGUGAGAAUGUAUACACGUGCCACCAGAAAUUAAUUCGAGACCCACCUUUUAACAAAUCAGGGCAGCACUGCAGUCGUAACUGGGAUGGCUGGUUGUGCUGGGACGACACUCCAGCGGGAACCUUCGCCUCCCAAAACUGUCCAGAUUAUCUUCUUGACUUUGAACCCACAGAAAAGGCCACUAAGUACUGUGGAGAAGACGGGCAGUGGUUUCACCUUCCAGAGAGCAACACGACUUGGACUAAUUAUACACUCUGUGCUGUCAACAAUAAGGAGAGGUUGAAGGUAAUGUAUCCUGAUGUACUGUAUUAACUAUGCAUCCAGGAUUUAUUGUACAGAUUAUGAUUCUCGGUAAUUAAGC